AUGUCAGGAGUGAAGAAAUUAUUUCCCUGUCCGCAAUGUACAACUAGUUUUGGUCAAAAACAAAGUUUAACGCGACAUUUGAAAUACGAAUGUCUUCAAGAGCCGAGAUUCGCCUGUCCUUACUGCAAUCAUCGGAGUAAAAAGGCUUAUAGUAUUUAUGGACAUGUUCGCAGACGACAUGUUGAUAUGAAGGUUUAUGCCAUUGAUAUUUAUGGCGAUACUGACGGAGGCACUUUACUUCAUGUGCCAUUAGAAUUAAAACGUAAAAAACGCAGUGGAUCGCAUCAGAGGCAUUUUGCGAAAUUUGGAAAAGCGAAACUAGACGACAGUCAUUUCAACUCGUACACGGGAAAAUUUCAUUGUCCCAAAUGCAAUAGUGGCUAUGGAAGGAGAGACACAAUGUUGGGACACUAUCGCUACGAGUGUAAUCAACCGCCGAGAUACAAGUGUCCCUAUUGUCAAUUGCUCAGUAAAAAGACUUCUAAUGUUUAUCAGCAUGUGAGAGCAGUUCAUCCCAGUGAAACUGUAACACUGGUUGUUUGCUUUAUUGACGCUAAUAAGACAGACAAUACAGAAACGAAAGCACAAGAAUGGGUUAAUCGACCGCCUUUAGACAGCUACCUUUGUCCACAGUGCAAUGCAGGUUUCCGACGAAUGUUCGAUUUGUUGAGACAUAAAUGCGGUCAGGCACUGCGUUUUGCGUGUCCCUAUUGUCAUAAAAAAGAUAAAUCGAGUAGUAACGUUUACAGACAUUUACAGGUCUCAAAUUUCUAUACGCCAGCGAAUUAUUAUCCAAAUAUUGAACCACAACCAAAGAGAAGAAACAGAAAUCAUCACAUUUCUGAAUUAAAAUUCGGCUGUCCUCAUUGUUCUUUUCGAAACAAACGCAAGGAUCACGUUUACCGUCACAUUCGAGGACGACAUCCUGACGAGGUCGUUUGCUACAUUGACUACAGUGCCGCACCAAUGUUUCCAAAUAUGAUAUAA